UAGCAAAGCAUGUAUGAAAAGGUUCUUUUCGUACUUGGCUGAUACCAGGAGCGGCAACCAACAAUAGACAACAACAUAAAAAGUCUAAUAAAAAUUAGUUAAAAUGACUAUUUUAACGCGUAUCAUUACCUCAAACUUGCCUAAACGCUUUGGUGCACUUAAAACAUUGCAACAGGUUGGCUAUUGUACGCAUCUGAAAUAUGCUGAACACAAAGCGAUUGAGAGAAUACGUAAUAUUGGUAUUUCGGCACACAUAGACAGCGGUAAAACUACGCUUACCGAACGUAUACUCUUCUACACCGGUCGCAUUGCACAGAUGCAUGAGGUGCGCGGCAAGGACAAUGUUGGUGCUACUAUGGACUCUAUGGAAUUGGAGCGUCAACGUGGUAUAACUAUACAAUCGGCAGCCACUUACACAAUAUGGAAAGAUUACAACAUCAAUAUCAUUGAUACACCCGGUCACGUGGAUUUCACAGUGGAAGUGGAACGUGCAUUACGUGUUUUGGACGGUGCUGUGCUGGUGCUAUGCGCUGUGGGUGGUGUGCAGAGUCAAACUUUGACUGUGAAUAGACAAAUGAAGCGUUACAAUGUGCCGUGCUUGGCUUUCAUUAACAAAUUGGAUCGUACGGGUGCUAACCCAUAUCGUGUGCUAUCGCAUAUGCGUUCAAAAAUGAAUCAUAAUGCCGCUUUCAUACAGUUGCCAAUCGGUGUGGAAAGCAACUGCAAGGGUAUCAUCGAUUUGGUAACUGAGAAAGCUAUCUACUUUGAAGGCACACACGGUAUGGAGCUGCGUUAUGAUGAGAUACCGCAAGAUAUGCGUGCAGAAUCGGUGGAUCGGCGACAAGAGCUUAUCGAACAUCUUUCGAAUGUAGACGAAACACUAGGUGAACUAUUUCUGGAGGAAAAAACACCAACUGAGGCGGAUAUAAAGAGCGCUAUACGCCGUACGUGCAUUAAACGUACAUUCACGCCUGUUAUGGUGGGCACUGCAUUGAAAAACAAAGGUGUGCAACCCUUGCUAGAUGGUGUGCUCGAUUACCUCCCCAACCCUGGUGAAGUUGAAAAUGUUGCUUUCAUUGAGAAAGAAGGCGAAGAACCCGAGAAAGUCAUACUCAAUCCCGCACGCGAUGGCAAAGAUCCGUUCAUCAGUUUGGCAUUUAAAUUGGAAGCUGGUCGUUUCGGUCAACUAACCUAUUUGCGUUGCUACCAAGGCAAACUGCAAAAGGGUGAUAACAUCUACAAUGCACGUACCAAUAAGAAAGUGCGUGUAGCACGUUUGGUGCGUUUACACUCGAAUAAUAUGGAGGAUGUGAAUGAAGUUUAUGCUGGUGACAUUUUUGCGCUAUUUGGUGUAGAUUGCGCUUCUGGUGACACAUUUACCACCGAUCCUAAAGGUAACAUUUCCAUGGAGUCAAUUUUUGUGCCCGAACCGGUUGUAUCCAUGGCUAUCAAGCCGAAUAAUGCCAAAGAUCGCGAUAAUUUCGCUAAGGCUGUGGCGCGUUUCACAAAAGAGGAUCCGACAUUCCACUUUUUCUAUGACCCCGAUGUGAAAGAAACACUCGUAUCGGGAAUGGGCGAAUUACAUUUGGAAAUUUACGCUCAACGUAUGGAACGUGAAUACGGUUGUCCCGUAACACUGGGCAAGCCAAAGGUCGCAUUCCGUGAAACACUUGUGAACGCCUGCGAAUUCGACUAUCUACACAAGAAACAAUCUGGCGGUUCUGGACAAUAUGCGCGUAUCAUUGGCGUUAUGGAACCAUUGCCUGCCGAUCAAAAUACGGUGCUUGAAUUCAUUGAUGACACUAUGGGUACAAAUGUACCCAAACAAUUUGUGCCUGGUGUUGAGAAGGGUUUCCGUGAAAUGGCCGAACGUGGUAUGCUCUCGGGACACAAAUUGUCGGGCAUACGUUUCCGUCUGCAAGAUGGUGGUCAUCACAUAGUGGAUUCAAGUGAAUUGGCAUUCAUGUUGGCGGCGCAUGGUGCUGUAAAAGAUGUCUUCCAAAGUGGCGCAUGGCAAAUUUUAGAACCCAUUAUGAUGGUGGAGGUGACAGCACCAGAGGAGUUCCAAGGUGCGGUCAUGGGACAAUUGAGCAAACGUCAUGGUAUUAUUACGGGUACUGAUGGUGCUGAGGGUUGGUUUACCGUAUACGCGGAGGUACCACUAAACGAUAUGUUCGGUUAUGCUGGUGAAUUGCGUUCGAGUACACAAGGCAAAGGCGAGUUCACCAUGGAAUACUCGCGUUAUUCGCCAUGUCUACCAGAUGUGCAAGAACAAUUGGUGCGUCAAUAUCAAGAAUCACAAGGUUUAGGACAGGACAAGAAGAAAAAGAAGAACUAAGAGCUUCAUUGGUGUAAUUUAAAUAUUAAUUAAAUUAAAAGUAAUUUGUAAGAGCAUAUAGCUAUUUGUGCCGUAAUAGUUACUACUGUGUCAACUACACAGUUUGAACGAUCAUUGUCUAAUUAGGUUUUUUUGUUUAAAUCAUUAUUUAAAAUAUAUAGACGAAAUGUUAAUUUUUAUACAACUGUGAUACAGAUAAUAAAAAGUGACAACAGUAAGCCAUGGAUGUGUGGCUGAAAAACACUGAGAAAA